CUGACUUCCAUGGCGGCAGCGUUAUGACGUUGGUUAUGAUGUCUGCUAUGUUUGUUUACAGUAGUUCCCUGUUUGUAGGCGAGUUUUUUCCCACCUAGAUCGGCUUGUCGCCGUUGUGUUAGUUUUCUUCUCACAGAAAGAAGUCCUUGUACCGGAAAAGUCGUUGGUCUAGUAGUUGAUAGAGAGCACUCGGCCGAUAUGCGCCGCCGAUUUUGCUUCCUAGUGGCCGCCCAACGUUAGUGACGCAUAAGUGUGUGCUUUCUCUUGCACACGCGAACAUGGAAAGGGCCAAACACGACCACGCCGAUCCGUCGACGAGCAGGGACUGCCAGAGCGAUGAGUGCCCGAAAGAAGGCAGCCCCGUAAAGCUUAAUGGUGUCAGAAAGGCGGGUCCAUACUUGCUCGGUCCAAAAUUGGGAACGUCUCCGGUGUGCAGCAUUACACAGUGCUUGGCCAAGAUGGAAGGCACUGAUGAUUUUUACACCAUUAAGGUUCUCAUCAUUCGAAGCCCUGAGGAAGAGACCCAGGAAGAUCGCCAAGGCAAAAUGCUACUGCACACAGAGUAUUCGCUGCUUUCCAUGCUUCACGAUCAAGACGGAGUUGUACACCACCAUGGAAUAUUUAAGGAUCGUGCUUGGGAGAUGCGUGAGACUGCAGACGGCCUGGUGUACACGGGGCGGCAGCAGCAGCGCCUGUGCCUUGUGCUCGACUGCCUCUGUAGGCAUGACUUUGGCACGGAGACGGCCGACCUGGUCAACCUGCAGCACUAUGUCAUACGUGAGAAACGCCUGCAGGAGCGAGAGGCCCUCUUCAUCUUCCAGGACAUCGUGCGCAUUGUCUCAGCUCUGCACAAGCUGAACAUAGUGCACCGAGACCUCAAGCUGGGCAACAUGGUUUUUGACAAGCGGAAACGGAAGGUCACCAUCACAAACUUUUGCCUGGGCAAGCACCUGAUUAACGAAAAUGACCUUCUCAAGGACCAACGUGGAAGUCCCGCCUACAUCAGCCCUGACGUGCUCAGUGGAAAGCCCUACCUGGGCAAGCCGAGUGACAUGUGGGCGCUGGGCGUGGUGCUGUUCACCAUGCUUUACGGACAGUUCCCCUUCUACGACUCCAACCCGCAGGAACUGUUUAGGAAAAUUAAGGCUGCUGAAUUCACCCUGCCCAAGGAAUCCCCUCUUUCGGAGAACACACGGAUGGUCAUUCACAAGCUGCUCGUCCUGAACCCCAAACAAAGGAUGAAGGCCGACGAGGUGCUGGAGUCCAUCGCAAGCACGUUGGCCAUGUGGAAUUCUCUGGCCGCUAGUGGAAAGCCCCUCCAAGUUGUGCCGGACAUUGAUGAUGACGACGCAUGCGGUGAAGAAGCCGAGGCACGCAAGAGCCAAGAGCAGUCUGCCUCGGGAACAGCGGCAACAGCCGCAUCCUCUUCUCUCGCCUCCAACCUGGCGGAACUGCAGCAUCCGUCGGGGAGCAACGUGGGGGACUUCAUCUUUGGAACCCGCCUCGGCGUCGGAUACGCGCCACACACUCGCAAGCCACCCGUGGUCGGUCCCGUCCCCAAGAGAAGGCAGCCCGGCUUGCUGUCCAUACAGCGAGUGCACGAGGACGCCCGGCCUCUGACCGCCAUCGAGAGCAUGCACUACCAAAACAUGCUGCGCCACACUGCGUCCUCCUCCGGUUCCUCGUCCUCCUGAUGACAGCACUGACGGUGGUGCAAGAAGUGUUCAAUCUCGGCACAACACCUCAUCAGCAAAGCUUGGAAAAAUGACCCACAGCUGGGUCUGUAUUUCAAAACCUGGUGGCAUCUACUGCAAAUGAUGGUACUGAACACACAGGACAGAGAUGCAGUGCAAGCUACAUGACCACCUAACUUGUUUGCUUGUUGCACUUUCACACUUGUUUUUAUCACCACCGUUGUUCCCCGCUUCUGCGUUAACCCAUCGCUUGUGCAGCGGAGCCUCAUUACAACGAAAUCGCGUCUGACAUGAAAAUACCUUUGUGAUUUCUUAUAUUCAUUAUAAGCAUAUGUUCAUUGCAUGGGGAUAUUUGUAAGAAAGAUGUUACAUUUACUUCAUUGCAUUCAAUUUUUUGUUUUGUCUGUGUUUACUGUACCAAGGUCCAUCUGUAGUGUAGACUUGUGGCAGCUGCACUCAGGCAUUCAAAAUGGCAGUUCCAACUUGAACUGCGCCAGAGCUGCUGCUGAGGAGAUUUGCAUCAGCUGCGUAAAUGCAUGGUGCAUUAAGCUGUGCUCUAGAAUGUUGCGUGAAACCGAUGGGUUGCAUUUUUUACCUCGCAAGGGCUCGUUGGCCUCUUGCUUCUGGACAUCGCGACAGCCCAUCAGCCUUGCCGCUGUGGCAACCCAAUUUGCAGAGAAGCACGACGCAUUGUGGUGCCACGCUUUCAAUGAGCUAUCGAGUAGAAUCAUGUUGUCUAUGACUGGUCACUCCAGUCAUAGAAAGCUGGGCUAGUUGCUGGGCUAGCUGGGAAAGCUGGGCCAGAAAGCUGGGCUAGUUGGUUUCAAUUAUGACAUAUUUUGACCACUGAAAAAAUGCAAUGUUCACACUCCAAUCCUUUGGAUCCAAGCAGCCAGGUUUGAAACCACUCUGCCUAAGCUGAAAUGAUAACUUCAAUAUACACUUGUAUAAUCUUGGCUUAUGUAAUAUAAAGGUUCCUUUUGCUGUAUCCCAUUUUUUUCCUACUAUUCACCAUUCAUGGCCGGCAGAUCCCGUUGACAACGCUGGUUAAGUCACACUCAGACAACUGACGAAUAACAAAAAAAUGCGUAAUAGCCAUCGACAUUAAAUUGUUACAUUAUCCUGACCUUUAUCUCACCUUCUAUAUCUCUGACGUCAUCUAAUACCGAACCUCUGAAGCAGAAAAACAUUGAAGGUAUCAGUAUCAACUCAGAGUACAUAUAGUUACCUACAAUAGAAAGAUUGUUAACAGCCUCUAGAUCAAUGCGUGCUUCGAUGACUCCCGAGAGGAAUCGUCGCUCUAUUCAGUCAUCAGCCAAGCAUUCACUAAAGGUGGCCGGCAACCGACCUUAAGUAUUACAGGAACGAUCACAGCACUCGCUUUUGCCGAUUUCAUUUUUAUAUACAGUGGAAUCUCGAUGAUACGAAUCUCACGGGGUCACGAAAAAUAUUCGUAUUAGCCGAAAUUCGUAUCAUCGAAACAAUUAAAACUAGCUAAAUCAAAGAGUCAGAGGUGAACUCACUCAGACACAAGUACGUAAACGGGAUUUAUUUCUUGUAGAAAAUUCUCUAAUGUCCUCUGCCUCCUUUUCUUUGUCAGGUCAAUUAGCAGACUUUGUUCAAAUCCAUAAAAACGCGUGCACGUGUCGUUGCUGAUUUCGUUCGCGCACGCCUCAGAACUUAGCGCGCAUGCAGCGUUUCAGCCGCCGGUGAUGGGUCCUUCGCCGUCGCCCACGUCUAACACAAAGAACGCGGCCCGAAGCACAGCAGCCACUCCGUCCAAUGGCACGCGGAAAAUGAAGAAAAGCACAAAAGAACACAAGUGCCACCGCUUCAAACUCUUCGCGCCCAGUCGCGGCCCCCGCGCUGUCCGGCGCCGCGUCCGCGCCUCCGCACCAAAAGAGAGAGGGAGAAAUCGCGUAACUGCGCGCUGUUCUCUUUCACUGCCAUCGGUGGAACUCGUGCUCGCGGUCGCGUCCAUCCGUGCGCUGGAAUCGUGCCAACGUGGUGCCAACUGUGGUCUCUCCUCAGCGCAGCGGCGCAACCUCCUCCCCUCCUUAGCAACCGGCGCGCCGGUCAGGGGCGCAGCUGCGUAUAGCAACCGUGACGUCACACAGUAGCGGUAGAACGGGCGCGCGCGCGUCGGCGGUGGCACCGCCGCUCCUUCGCCAGCCGUUUCGUUGCAGUCGAGUGAGAGGCCCGUGUUGCGCGCCAUGCGGUUCGGGGAAGCGCCAGCGGACGCCGGAUUCCCCCAACACCGAAUGCCAGAAGAAUAAGGAGCGAAUGCGCAUGCCACGAAUGAACAUAUCACCAGAUGCGAAAGCAAGGGAGGCAGAAAAGAAACGCCAACAGCGACUGAUUAGAUCGCCGGGUACCAAAGGCAGGGAAGCAGAACGAAAGCGGCAGCAGCGACAGGCGAUAUCGCCGAACACCAAAGCGAAUGAAUUGGGGCGCAGACGGCAGCAGCGUCUGGCUUUCGCCAAGCACACUUUCAAAUUUCCAAUGUCUUAGGCAAUUUUCGUAUGAACCGACGCGGGUCGAAAAUUGAUUCGUAACAACCAUUCUCUAACACGUUGCAAAGUAAUGGGGCUCGGCCGGGACCACAGAAAAAUUCGUAUCAUCCAGAAAUUCGUAUCAGCCGUGAUCGUAUCAUCGAGAUUCCACUGUAGAUAACUCUGGAAGCAUUCUGCCUAAGCCGGAGGCAGAGUGUCGAACUAUCAUCGGCUUUUCUCAGCAGCUGGACCUACUACAGGAAUGAAUGUUGAUUCACAACUACCACAAUUGGUUGACCGUAUCCCUGCCACCACAGAGUUACUUACUGCCUAGAGGAAAAACCGGCACUGCCAUUCUGUGGUAUGCAUGAGAAUUCUGGGAUGUAGUGGCUUCGGAUUGGCAUCUUUUGCUGAGAGCCAAGACACUAUAAAGGCAUCUCUGACUAGCAGCGUUUCAAAAUUGCUGUCAUUUAUAUUUUCUGGGAAAUUAGCACUGGUAGAUGACAUUCCGGCAAUGAAAGCAGUCUCAAAUGUUGCCUUCACUAUAAAACAGUGCCCAUGUUCAAUCUGUCAGAUAGCCACACAUCCUUCGUUCAUGUUUCAGUUAUCCCAACAGUCUUAUUUAAGGUUUGUUUGAUUCCGAAAAAGUGCAUGGCACCACAAACGAAAAGGUGCAGGGGGUGCCAGUUAUGAUGCGUCGGGCUGCAACCGCUCGCUGCAAGGUUUAAGGGUCCACUGCACCGGGGCGGCACCUUGCCUUGCACCCCGUUUUAUCGAGCACGGGAGUGCAGGGUGCACGCUGCACCUUGGGGUGUCGAACGCCUAGGUGCAGUGCACCAUGAAUAGGUGCAGAAGGUGCAGAGAAACCUGGCUGAAUCGAGUAGACCUUUAUUCUUAAUAUAUUACAUUGGUGCACUCUUGCAACCCUGAAAAACAGCUACUUAAUUGUGCACUGUCUCUGUUACAAAAGACUAACUUUAAGCUGUGUGAACAUAAAAAAGAAUUAGCUUUAAGAACACUACAUUAGGUUUACUCUAGAUUCUCAUGUUAAGAUGACAAAGUGACCUUCCACUUUUAAAUCUGUUGGUGGAGUUGUAGUGAUAUUUAUAACCUCGCGGUCCAAUUUGUCACUUGAACGGUAUGGUACUCCGAAGUCUCGGCACUCGCAGUCUGUUUUACCUAUGACUGCUGGGAAGAACCUGCUGCCAUUUUUCACUUGUCUGCUUCCAAGCGAGAUAGGUGUCACAACAGCAAAGCCAAAUGCUAGCCAUCCAAAGACAAACUUGUCUCCCCCUGCAUUAGGCAUGUCAGAUUGUUUGGUCCCUCUGCUCUCCGAAUGAAUUUUGUGUUGUUCAAAUGAAACCAGGGUGUCAACUGAAACAAUGAAGUGAUUGGGUGCCUGUUGGAAAUGGAAAUUCCUUUAACCGGUCAGUUGCUGACUUAUGCAUUAUCCUGCCUAUGUUAACCAUCAUUUGGUGGAGCAGCUGAUAAGCAUGAAAUUGAAUGAGAUGAAUAGGGCUGUUUUAUCUGCCAGCCCCAGGACCUGCUGUUUUGUAGUGUUAGCAACAAUUUCAGCACAGUAUAAUUAAUGGCUGGUAACCAAGUUCCAAAUGAAAUUACUAUGUUCUCUUAUUAAAGGUGGUUAAGUGUAUUGCAUGGUUAUUCAUUGUACUUAACAUACUAAUUUGGAAGGUUCUAAGGUAAAAUGACUUUACCUUUAUUCAAUCUGUAAAAUGACUUUACCUUUAUUUAAUAUCCCUGCUGCUGAUGGCAAUGUUCUUACAUUGUAAAUGUUCUUAUGUGUUUAUGUACAAGACUGUGUACAAACAAAUGUGUUUAUGCGUACAAGACUUUUCUUUACAUGGUCAUUUGUAAAAAAAAGAAAGAUAAACAAAGAAGGAAGGAAAAGAAGAGAGAAAGCGAACUUACUGCAGGAGAAUAUUGGACAAAGUGCAGCUAUUUUUCGUACUUGUCAUAAGCGUCUUCAUUUAGUGAGACAUCUUGCAUACAUUCAGUGCCUCUUGUUAUUAUACAUGGUGUAUGCCUUUUCUGUUCCUUGUCAUGCAUACAUCUCAAAAUGUGCUCGUGUAGAUGUCCAUUCAAGAAAAUAGAGAUCGUUAGGGUUACCACCUGACUUGCACAAAUAUUCUUUACCCUUAUGGUGCCAGCUGCCAGUUUGGGCCUUUCAUAGGCGGAACAUUUCCUAGUUCUCCCUAAAUCAGCACAUUUAUAGUGCCCUCACUAGCAUUCUGUCAAGCAUUGAUUCAUGGCACACAACUGAAUUGCUGCAAGCUAAUUCAUUCCUGAUUCCUUAAAUUUUCCGUCAUGCCUUAAAGCAUCACUUAUUUUAUCAUCUGGACUUGUACAUGUUGCUGGGUUGUCUGUAAGCUACUAAUAUGGUCUUACAAAUAAAACCCAUUUGCAACAACUGUAGCAUGAAGAUAUUAAGUACACGAAACUUUAUGUGAAGCCAGUAAACUUCAAUCAUGUAUCUGCUUGGCAUACUGCCACUUUAGUUUGUUUUCGUAUGACUGUGCAUCAGACUUAUAUCACAAGGUGCUUGCACUACUUUUUACAACCCCCUUCCUCUCCCCUCUUUCUGGUGCUGCUCUUCUUUUUUUUUUUUGGUCUUGGCAAAGGUGGCAACUUAAUGGCUGAUUACAGCAAAUCAUUGAUUCUUUCUUGUAAUUUCAGUUACUGUUUUGACCUUGAGCAAAAUGUUCCAUCAUUUACUGGACUUGUAUGGUGCUAUGGAUCUUUUAAUCAUCCCACAUGAUCUUCUUAAUGCAUUCAUUUAUUUUUGCCACACAAGCUUACAAAAUUGACAUUUGUUGUAUAGAUCUACAAUUGCUGUGAAUGAGUUUGUAUAAAUGCCAUUUACUACCUC